AUGUUUGUCUCGGAGCGGAUGCCACCGCCGGAAACGGUUAAAACUGGAUCGUCUGCAUUUGGAAAUAACAAUAACUACAUGAACAUGGCCGAGGCAAACAACGCUUUCUUUGCAGCCAGCGAGCAGACCUUCCACACGCCGAGCCUUGGAGACGAGGAGUUUGAAAUCCCCCCGAUCACGCCGCCCCCGGAGGCGGACCCCGCCCUGGGCCUCCCCGACGUGCUCCUGCCCUUCCAAGGCCUCGGCGAGCCCUUGCCUGCCCAGGGAAGCGAGUUCACGCCCCAGUUCCCCCCCCAGAGCCUGGAUCUCCCGUCCAUCACCAUCUCAAGGAACCUCGUGGACCAAGACGGGGCCCUGCACGGCAGUGGGCUACACACGGAUCAGAGCCACACACAGGUGUCACAGUACCGGCAGGAUCCGUCCUUGAUCAUGAGGUCCAUCGUCCACAUGACUGAUGCUGCGCGCUCUGGGAUCCUGCCUCCCGCCCAGCUCACCACCAUCAACCAGUCCCAGCUCAGUGCCCAGCUGGGGUUGAAUUUGGGGGGAACCAGUUUGCCCCACACGUCUCCUUCCCCUCCAGCGAGCAAAUCGGCCACUCCCUCCCCUUCCAGCUCCAUCAACGAAGAGGAUGGUGAUGAGUCCAGCAGGGCCAUCGGAGAGAAGAGAGCGGCUCCCGAUUCUGGCAAGAAGCCCAAGACCCCCAAGAAAAAGAAAAAGAAAGACCCCAACGAGCCCCAGAAGCCAGUGUCAGCAUAUGCCCUGUUUUUCAGGGACACACAGGCUGCGAUUAAAGGUCAAAACCCCAACGCCACCUUCGGAGAGGUCUCCAAAAUCGUAGCGUCCAUGUGGGACAGCCUGGGAGAGGAACAGAAGCAGGUGUAUAAAAGGAAAACAGAAGCUGCCAAGAAGGAAUACCUGAAGGCGCUGGCCGCGUACAGGGCCAGCCUCGUUUCCAAGGCGGCGGCCGAGUCAGCGGAGGCCCAGACCAUCCGCUCCGUUCAGCAGACCCUGGCGUCCACCAAUCUGGCGUCCUCGCUCCUCCUCAGCCCCCCGCUGUCUCAACACGGGGCGGUGUCGGCGGCACCUCAGACUCUGCAGCAGUCGCUCCCCCGGUCCAUCGCUCCCAAGCCCUUAACCAUGAGACUGCCCAUGAGCCAGAUUGUCACGUCGGUCACCAUUGCAGCCAACAUGCCAUCGAACAUUGGCGCCCCGCUGAUCAGCUCCAUGGGCACGACCCUGGUGGGCUCGGCAUCCUCCACCCAGGUGAGCCCUUCCGUGCAGACCCAGCAGCAGCAGCUGCAGCUGCAGCAGCAGCAGACCCAGCAGCAGCAGCUGCAGCAGAUGCAGCAGCAGCAGCUCCAGCAGCACCAGAUGCAUCAGCAGAUCCAGCAGCAGAUGCAGCAGCAGCAUUUUCAGCACCACAUGCAGCAGCACCUGCAGCAGCAGCAGCAGCAGCUGCAGCAGCAGAUCAGCCAACAGCAGCUGCAGCAGCAGCUCCAACAGCAGCUCCAGCUGCAGCAGCUGCAGCACAUGCAGCACCAGUCUCAGCCUUCGCCUCGUCAGCACUCGCCCGUCGCCUCCCAGAUGACAUCGCCCGUCCCCGCCAUCGGGAGCCCCCAGCCAGCCUCCCAGCAGCACCAGUCACAAAUACAGUCCCAGACGCAGACUCAAGUGUUACCGCAGGUCAGUAUUUUCUGAGGACGCCGCGGCAGGCGGCAGGCGAUGGGCACUGGAGGCGAGCGGAGGGCGACCGUGUGCGGCGGGGACUCGUCGGCCGGCGUGGGUCCUGCAGAAACGCACGGGGCCGCGCGGUGUGCGCGGUGCCGGUCAGAUAGGCAGAGGCCGCCGGGCGCCCCUCCGGCUGACUCUAAACCACUUCGUUUCUAAACAGGAAAAGCUGUGCUCUUUUAUGUGAUGCCUUUUUUAUUUAUUCAGGCUGUUCCUACAAUAUGUGAAUCGAACCGGUUCAUGGACCCCGGGACGCACCGAGGACUGUAAACCGGCCUCCCUGGGUCACAGGACAGGGCCUGUUUCUCCAGAAGUGACUAAACCGCACUUCCAGGCCGUGGGAACUCACGAAGGCCCCAAAUUAAAAGCACAGUUGUAACUACCUGAAUUAUGAAGAUUCCAGUUUCAUACAAGCAUUUGUAUGACAUGAAUAGUUGAUGGCAUUUUUUUGUCAUGAAAAAAAAUAAUGUAAAUCACAGACUUUUGCCAAAGGUCUUAUUUUUUUCCCCCCCUAAAUAUCUCCAGAAAAAAAAAAAAUGCAAGUGACUAGAUUCAGUUACUGACUCAUUCCCACGUUUUCCCCAUGACCUCUCCACGUCGACCCACCGUAUGUGUCACAACACGUCUGACCACCGUUACCCAUUAUAUUCAUUCCCGUUAGGAGAAAGGAGUGUGAAUAUUAUAUUCUGUGUUUUGAGUGACAAGUUUCGAGAAAAUAAAAACACUGUAUUUUUAAAAGGGAAAUGAACUUAAAUGAGAACAGUUAUUACAAAAGUUAAGAUUUAAAAGAAAAGCAAGAGUUUUUAUUAUGACGUAAUACUGGUAGAAUAUUUAAAAGGCGCACCACAUCCAAAUAAUCGAUGUAAAUAUUUUCUUUCAAAGGUGUAAGUUUUCACAUCAUGUGUUGUAAAGUUUUCAUAAACGAGGCUUUCACGUAAACACUGGUGACAGGAACCAUUCAUUGCUACGUUGCUUAUUGUGUUUUUACGCUGUUUUAUACUUUUUUAUGAGUUACGAUAGCAGCAAUUAAGUUGUUUGUAUUUUGCUUAACUGAGACAAAAAUGCUUUUAUCUUGCUAUAGAAUAAACACGUUUCAGUAAAGACUGUGGACUGUAUUUUGAUGCAACAACCAGGAAACUGUUCACUUUUCAAAUAAAAUGAUAUGUCACAUUUCA